GUGGAAGGGCGCUGUUCUUUGCACCGAGAGGCAGAGGGAGACCAGCAGCCUCAAAUAUUAGCUUCGGUGAAAAGCAAAUCGAAAUCAUUCUGCACCUUUUCCGCUGGUGCCGCUGCAGCCAGGGCCGCAGUGUUGGACACCGAGGGCUCUUUUUCAGGUGGACGGGGACCACAAGGAAAAGCAACACAACAAUCCGGUGCAAUAAAUCAAAGCGCUGCAACCGACGCCUUCUCGGCAACUAGCUCAACUUCGCAAAACAAGAAGAUAAAGACCCACUCGUGGCAGUCGGACGCCGAGUUUGCAGCUUAUUUGCGGCACCUCACCCAGCAAGACCGUUUGGAGAAGCAGAAAAAGGAGGGUGGAGCUGACGUAGGAGCGACAUCAAAAACUACUACGGGUAGCAGCUCGGAAAUCAAUCCUACUCAAGAAACUUCUCAAGAAGAAGCACUAGCGAGCAGACAAGCUCAGGAAAAGCAAGCCGCGUUGAUCUUACAGAAGAAGCAAAAACUCGAUGCUUUUUUUCACCUGUUACUGCGGAAGGUAGCAGCGUUGCAAGAGGACGGAGAACUACACCAGCAACACACAACACAACCACCUCCGACGACCCUCCCCCCAGACCAGCAGCUGCACCAGUACGCAAUCAAGGCCUUGCAAAUCGUGAAGAAUGAGCUGUGCCAUGCAAAACUGCGGAAAUACGUCGAGACCAUGGAUUAUCCUGUGCAAAAAUGUCUGGGUCUGGAAUGUUGCCGGGUUUGUCAUGCAUAUUUUGCAUGACCCAGGAUGUCUGUCAUGCACGACCUAGCAUCACAGAUUUUUAGACGGCUUCCUGAUGCCUACUCCGCAUGACAAAUGCCCUCUCCGCGUAGCACAAACUAGACUCCUCUUGCUGGUCAUGCAAUACAGAUAUUUUCAGAGUCCAAAGUUAGCAUCACAAGUUCCAACCUUCCAGACCCAGACAUUUUUACAUUUGAUAUGGAUGUGUUUGCGGAAAAAAGCGAAAAACACGAAAUGCUGUAAGCAUUGCAAAAGUAUUGUACUGCUCGUAUAAAUGCAUUACAAAUUUCCUAAGCAUGAGAAGCAAAAUUUGUAAUGCGGAUUUACCUUAAGAAAAAAAUUUGUAAUGCAUGACUGCAAUUACUACGAGUGCGAUACUUUUGGACAGGAUAUGCUGUUGCGCGAAGCGAUUCCGGUGCUGCCGCAUGUGGUACAGUUUUGGCGGGAGAGGGUGGAGAAUGAUGGUAUUCCUUGUGCCGAUAAUCUGGCGACCUCUUCUGUUUUCACCGAUCUUUUGCACAUCAGCACGAUUUUCGGCAAACAUUCCUUCUACCCGGGCGAGGUUUUUGACUUUCUCACUUCUGUACGCAGAGGACCAGCACCAGCAGCGGGACAAAUAGUACAAAAAUCCUGUGGAAAUCAUCUUCACCAGCAGCAGCAAGGCAAUAAAGCCUCCUCCUCUUUCCCUCUCUCCCCGAGCGAAACCGCUCACCUCCUUCAGGAGACUGGGCGUCACGGGUUACGGUGCAAGCAUUUCGUGGACCGAAUUAUCCACUUUGCCGCGGACCAAGCAGAGAGUGCUAUGACAGUUCACGAGAUUAUGGACAGCGCUCGUGGUUUAAUCCGGUUCACGAAGGACUGGCAGGUCUUUUUCCACAAGGCGUGCCCGAAAAUCCGCAUGAACUUGCUGCAGUUGGAAAUUCCGGACUUGCUGUUAACGCUUCGGUUCUCCCGGGAUUUGAAGAGCUGCGGCUACGGCUCGGGGAUGCUGUACUUGGAGCUGCAAAGGGAUGUCUGUACGCUGCUGCGGAAGAAAAUGUUGCUGGAAGAAGAAGGAAGUGGAGCAGGCACCCCGUCUCAAAAAGAAAAUUUGUCCAGCUCGACACCCACAGGUUCCUCCUUCCCCCUCUCCGAAGCCAUCCGCAGUCUCCACGAUGUGUUUUUCGAUAAACGCUAUUCCCGGGCGGUAGGGGAAUAUGUGAAAGCGGUGAAUGGAAAGUUGGCCGAUUACCGGGAAAAGCACAUGUUGUUCGUCAGAGAAAGGGAAAUAGAAAAUCAGCGACACAGGCAAGAAAAUGAACAGCAGGACUCCCACAGCAGUCACGACGUUGGCAACAGCCGCAUCAGGCAAAACGACUGGACGCUUUUAACCGACCCGGAGUUGGAUAAUACAGUGGAGCUGGUGAGAGGCUUGGAUUCCCUAACCUCCUGGAAACACGUUUUUCUUGUCAGUCAGAAUGCAACGCCAGGGACAGGAGCACCAGGAGGGCCGCAGGAGUCGUCCAGCUACCAGCUGCAAGAGCCACACUUCGACUCUUCCUACCUGCAAAACCUGCACUUCCUCACAAACAUCCUCGCCGAACGCAUGCCGGAAAUGAAGUACAGCCCGAACGUGUCAUUAUGGCAGUCGGUCACGAACUCUUUGUCGAGAAUUUCGAUAAACAGCAGUAAUUGUGAUAGUACAGCCUCUGCAGUCGAAGAUGUUGGAAGUUUGAGCAACAUGACCUCCUCAUCCGACGACUACCUCUCGAAAUCCUGGCUCCAGCAGCUCCUGCCCGUCAUCCAAGACAAGUACAUGCUGGACCGCAUCUCUAUCCUGUGCAAAAGUAUCGUACUCGUAUUGCAAUCAUGCAUUACAAAUCCUUUUGUUAAAGUAAAUCAGCAUUACAAAUUUUAUUUCUAAUGCUGAGGAAAUUUGUAAUGCAUUUAUACGAGUGCAAAAGUCUUUUGCAAUGCAUAAUAUCCUUUUUCCAACAAUGCACGCUCGUCACCGCCCUAGCCCGGAUGAAGUUCUUCGACAAGACGGCGUACGAUUCGAUCAGCUUCAUGCUGCUUAUGCAUUGCAAAAGUAUCGUACUUGUACAAAUCGCAUGACAAAUGUCCUCAGCAUGAGAAAUUAGAAUUUCUCAUGCUGAUUUACCAUGAGAACGAGAUUUGUAAUGCAUGACUGCGACUACUACGAGCGCGAUACUGUUGCACUGCAUACUGCUCCAAGAACGGCAACUGUUCACGGAAUUGGAGCAUCUGUCGCCGGUGUUGUGGGCGUAUAGUUUGAUGAAGUACCACCCGAAUAAACCGCUCUUCGAGUUCGCGUUUGAUUUUGUGGAGGAGAAGGUUGAGGGAUUGAACUUGUUGCGGAAAAACUUCUACUCCAAACGAGGCCGGGUUGGUACGAAUAAUCCAAAUGGACCUCCGACGUCCUCAGGUGGUGGACCCGAGCAGCAACUUCUAUCGCAAGUCGGGUACACUGCUUUGGUGCAGUGUUGUCACGCGUUCGUCUCCGCGGGGUGGUUAGAAGUGCCAGAAGAAGAGGAGAUUCGGAAGCGGCUGGUGCAGCUGCAACAGAACGGUCUUAAUUAUGCCAGUGGGGAACAAGAUGUUGAACAAGAUUUCAACCAAACGUCUUAUCAAGAACCAAGCGACGCUCUACUCCGCGAAGAAAGGGCAAAGUUUCUGUGGAGGCAGAAAAGGCUCUGCAAGAUGCUCGAUAGUGUGUUUGUAAAGCAGGUCACAAGGGCGGCACUGGAUCCGUACGCGAAUGCAGGAGGUGCAGGUAAUGUUAAUACCACAAGACUCCUAGAGCGGUUGGUCCAGAUUGCGCACAUGAUCGACAUCACGGUGGAGAAGAAUGCAGAAAAGCGGAUGGAGCUGUUCUCCCCUGAGGGGUUGAAACGGAUUGAACUACAUCUUGGGCAGGAGUGCAAUACUUGUGCUGGCGGUUUUUCUGUUGGGGGACGACAACAGAACUUCGCUCAAAAUGCGAACAACAUGAUCGUUGGUUGCCCGUUGUCUUUAGAAGAAGGAGGGGUUUCGGUGGAGCUGGAACAAGAAGCGGCGAUGUUGGAUGUUGCACAGGAGCAGGUGGCAUCAGGUACGACAAAACACCUACUAGAUGGUUCUUGAUUGGUGCAAGAAUUUUCCAUUUUAUGGCCUCAGGUUCACGGUGUCAACAUUCGUACCCGCAUGAUGAUCUUCAAAAUCAAAAUGUCGGCCUACAUGAGUCUCAGUGGCAUGCCCUUUAGUGAUCUUGAACCACGCAAACAGGACGACCGACUGUUAGUUCCAUCGGAGAGCAGCAGGGACCCGACGACAAAGCAGAUGCCACUACCCCAACAUCAACCUCUUUCGAAGCCGAGAUCCGGAAGAAGGUUAGCGACUACUUCCAAAAUAAACUUGAGCCUGAAGGAGCCAGUCCAACGAGAAUGUUGUCAGCGGUCAAGAUGUCGCGAAACGAACUUUUGCACGGUGUGUACUGCGACUGGGUUUUGGAACUAGUACAACCUGAGAAGACAGCGAGUACUGGCGAAGGUGAAGAUGCCGAAAGACAAAAUGCGGAAAAAAUCGCAGUUUUCCUUCUCACCAGCAACGUGCAAACCGGAGGGUCUUUCAUCCGGAAAACGCAUAGCAGCUCGCAGCUAGACGGGGAAUCUGUCAUGCAGAACAACCCUCACAGUCACAGCACGGCAUUCAAUGAGCAAGUAAAUCUGCUUCUUGACUCCGACGGGCGGCAGGCUUUUCUGGAGGAAAUUCUAUCGAAGCACGGAGUGAAAGUUGUGAAUCUGUUCUUGCCUGAAUUCUUGCCAAGCGGGCGCGGUGAUGCUGAGGACGACCGAGGUGCUGGUACCCUAGUUGCGGAGAUUCUGAAUCAAAAGCUGCGGUGCUUUGUAAACUAG